UGAUUGGUCAGUCGGUGUCAGGAAGUGAUGAGCUGACUGUUGACAGCUCUUUUGUAAAUAAGAUGGUCUAAUGUUAUUAACUGAUGAAUUGAUGGCGAGGAACUGAUCCCACGGCAGUUUGCUGCGCUCCAGAUUCGCGUUGUCAACUGUAACGAUUUGGGAAUCAGCUUGGCUGUCUGAGAUGGACGGUGGAGAGGUGGUGCGAGUGGAAGCUGCUCCAUACUGCUGCUCCACUUGUGAUGGAGGGGAGGUCUCCGGCCGCAGCCUGGCUCGACGCAACAGGAAGACCCGUAGCCUGAGCACCUCCUCAGUCAGCAGCUCUGAGUACAGGAGGACUCAGUCACUUCAUGGACCAAGCCCUGUGACCACGUUCGGCCCAAAGGCAUGCAUGCUCCAGAAUCCACACGCAGUAAUGCACAUUCAGGACCCCGCCAGCCAGAGACUGACGUGGAACAAGCCGCCAAAAAGUGUCCUUGUCAUCAAGAAGAUUCGAGAUGCCAGUCUGCUUCAGCCUUUCAAAGAGCUUUGCGUAUUCCUCACCGAGGUGAAAAACAUGAUUGUUUAUGUGGAAAAGAAAGUUCUGGAGGACCCAGCCAUUUCAGGAGAUGAAAACUUUGGGGCCAUUACCAAGAAAUUCUGUACUUUCAGAGAAGAUCUUGAUGACAUCUCAAACCGUGUGGACUUCAUCAUCUGUCUUGGUGGAGAUGGGACUUUGCUGUAUGCAUCUUCGCUCUUCCAGGAGAGUGUUCCACCAGUUAUGGCCUUCCACCUGGGCUCCCUGGGCUUCCUGACACCUUUUAAAUUUGACACCUAUCAGUCUCAGGUCACCCAAAUUAUUGAAGGUAAUGCUGCCAUCGUUCUGCGAAGUCGCUUGAAAGUCCGAGUUCUUAAAGAGAACUGGGAAAAGAAGGCCAGAGUGGACGAGAAGGGGAUCAUCCUGACCAACGGGGACGUCGAAAGUAGCAGCAAAGCCAUGCAGUAUCAGGUUCUGAACGAGGUGGUGGUGGACAGAGGACCCUCCUCCUAUCUCUCCAAUGUGGACCUGUUCCUGGAUGGACACCUCAUCACCACAGUGCAGGGAGACGGUGUGAUUGUAUCUACACCUACAGGAAGUACAGCGUACGCUGUGGCUGCAGGAGCUUCCAUGAUCCAUCCCAACGUCCCCGCCAUCAUGAUCACCCCCAUCUGCCCUCACUCGCUCUCCUUCAGACCCAUCGUGGUGCCUGCCGGGGUGGAGCUCAAGAUAAUGCUGUCACGUGACGCCAGAAACACGGCCUGGGUGUCAUUUGAUGGAAGAAAGAGACAAGAGAUCUGCCAUGGAGACAGUAUUACCAUCACCACUUCCUGCUUCCCUGUUCCCUCCAUCUGUUUCCGUGACCCGGUCAACGACUGGUUCGAGAGCCUGGCCCAGUGUUUGCACUGGAACGUCAGGAAGAAGCAGAACUACCUCAGCUCAGAGGACGAGGAGUUCUGAGGCCGAUUCCAUGAUCUUCAGGAUCUUCUCCGAGGUCUCCACGACUCCAAAGUCUUGGUUUUAGCUCGCCCGUGCUCCGUGCCGCUUGGUCUUUUAUGAAAAGAGGGUCUCACCAAACUCCACUCAAAAAAAUCUCAAAAUAAUAUUUCUCUUUGUGUGUAUUAGAAUGACUGUGGUGAAAGAACUGGGCCAAACAGCUCUUUACUGUGGUCCUCCAUAUUGGAUUUGGCAAAAAUAAAUAUGUGAGAAAAAAUAGGAGAACUAUGAAACCUCAAAGUCAACAAUUCAAUUCAAUUCAAUUCAUUUAAUAAGACAUUUAAAAAAGAUCAUAUGAAUGAAUUAAAUAGAAUAUAAAUAACUUAAAUCAUUUUUAAAAUGACAGAAUUACUGUAAAAUGUUCUUUCAGUUCUUUUUCAUUUUUAUUUCAAUUGGCUGAAACUCAACAGUCUUGAAAAGUGACAUUUGGAAAUAAAAGCUGUAAUGAAGCGCAAAUGAUAUUAAAUAACUGUUACUAUGAAACAAAAAGAUGAAAAGACAAAAAAACAAAAUAUUUGUCUUACUAACUUAACAGUUUAUUGAACACUUUGUGUCUCCAUAGAGAGACACUCACUCAUUCUCCUCAGAGAACCUCGAUGACGACAUGAGAAAAAUGCAGCGUUAAUAAGGAGCCUCAUUAUACAUCAUGUUAAAAUGGUGGAUUUUUGAAUGGAGUUUGGCAUCACUACUGGUCCAGGAUUGUCCCAGUGUGUUUUCAGUCUGGUCUUUUGUCCAAUGCAAUUUGUUGGACCAGUAAUCAGAGGGUAAUGCAAAGUAUGGGACAACCUGAGACUAAAUGCACAAGUUCAGCUGUGGACAGCAGUUUACUACAAUACUCUUGACCGGUGGUAUCGAGUCUGUUCUAGCACUUUUUCUUUGAGACAACAGGCAGGGACGUGUCUGCUACUUUAUAAUAAGCUCCCUGUCCCAGUAGAGGUGAAGGUCAGGUUGCACUUUUAUGGAAGAAAAAAAAAAACCUGUUGACUCAAACUUUCCCAAAUUCAGUUUUAUCAAAUCAGGAGAAACUGAUGUUCCACCGUCAUUGAAUGACACGUUUUUAACAGGACAUCUACUUGGCAAUAGCGGCCCGACUGUACAGACUGUGCCUUAAACACUGGUUUCACUCAUGUAUAGAAAUAUUAUUUUUUAAGGUUUACAUCAUGGUAAUGUUUUUAAUCACACACCUGCACAGAUUUGUGGUUUCGUGCAUUUUUCACUAUAACUAGAUGUCGACCUGUCUCUGCUGUUUGCAGCACGUGACACUUGAUUAACUAAUUGAAUUAUCUAUGUUCCACAGUAUCUCUGUUCUGCAGUCAUGUAGUGAAUGUGUUGAGUGAUAUUCAUUCCAGGCAGAGAGAGGAGCGUCUGUCCUUUAAGCCAUAGCUGAACUCUGUAGUUUUUAUAAACCGACAUCUGUGGGCUCUGGGUGCUUUAAUGGUUUGUGUGUGUGUGUGUGUGUGGUGUUGAGGGAUUAAAUUAUUACAGACUUUGCUACCAGUCUGCCACUGCACAGCCUUUGCUGAAUAUUUCGAGGUGGCCUACCUUACAUCUGCUCAGAUAUAAUGUCUAGAUGUUAAUAUAUAUUCUGUGUGAAUUGGCUCAAACUAAAAAAUGAAAUGUGGUGUCGACUUGUCGUAACUCAAGAGGACCAACUGAGCUCUGAAAGGCAAUCAUUCCUUUAACUCUGCGUGUGUAUAUACAUGUGAUGUUUGAAGAAGAUGUAUUUUGUAACGUCUAUAUGUUUAUUAACCAGUUUACAAUGUAUCAUUUCUGAAAAUAAAUCUAUUUGGUACUUUUUUUUACAUUAAUAA